AUGGAAGACGAAGAUAGAUCAACCGCUUCUAUUCUUCGUUCGAUAACGUUCGAUGUUGAGCAAGAAGAAGGAAUCGGCGACGUCGUCGUCGCGAAUCAAACACAGGUAUUGGGUUCGUCUGUGAACAUCAAUCAAGAAUCGCAUCACGUCACAAGACCUUUUGGAGUUGAAUCACUGGCGGCGAAUGCGACUCAAGAUACGACAUUUGGGUUUGUAAUCGGAACAACUCAUGUGCUCGUUCAGCCCAACAAAGGGCAAAAACGUUUGAACAAUGGUGAUAUAUUGUGGAUAACCGAACCAAAAGCUCCUUUGGGUCGCGUGGAAGAGAUUCUUGGAUCUGAAUCAGAGCCUAUCUAUGUUGUUAGACUGUUUCCAGAGUGGGCUGCAGGGAUCAAUCGCGGUGUUCAUGUUGUGUUACAAGAGGAGUUUCCACAAGACAUUGAUGGAGCAAAGGACACAGAAACUCAGAGUAAUACGGGACAAAAAAGGGUGUUUAGUGAAGAGGAAUCUCAUGGCUCGAGAAAAAAGAUGCAGAACACAAACAUUGCUUUGGGAAGUUCUUCAAAUCAUCCUGGCUCUUCAAUGGCUCAUGUUCCUAUAGCCUCUCAAGGAUUUAACGCAGGACCAUCUACUAACCGACCAUCUACUAACCGUGGCAGAGAAGGUCAAUAUGGUAGAGCAAGAGGAAGCAGGAGCGGUCAAUAUCAACGCAGUAGUAGAGCCAUAGGAAGUGGGUCUAGCUAUAUGAACCGGCAACAACGGUUUGGUUUGCAGCAGGGAAUGCAUUCCACGACAUAUCAGCAGAACCAGAUGGGUGUUGCUCCCGAUCUAACCGAUUUUCCAGCUCCAAGGCUCCCACCAGGGUAUCUAAGUGAGUACUUGGCGAAAAUAACUGGUAGUCACAUGCCAACAACACAUCCAGGUGGACCGUCGGGAUCAACAAUACCCAGGCCUGAGCUAAAUUCAAAUGCAUUUCCUUCUCAGCCAUUUCAGUACCCGAAUCAUCAGGCACAGGGGCAAAUGUAUCCCCAAAUGCAGUCUCACAGCUCUGGGCGGUCUUUUUACCAAGGAGGACAAAUACCAACUGUAGAUCAGAACCCUUUCAACCCAGAACAUCGCUUUGGCCAGCCAAAUACAGUGCCAUGGCUUGAUGCAUCAUUACCUUCUCAGGGAUUUCAAAACCCGAACCAACAGCAAAUGCAGUCUCAGUGGUCUAACUCUGGACAGUCUUUUUACCAACCAAGACCAAUACAAACGCCACAACCCACUGUAGAUCAGAACCCUUUCAACCCGCAACAGCGCUUUGGCGUGCCAAAUACAGUGCCAUCGCAUGAUGCCUUUCCUUCUCAAGAGUUUCAAAACCAGAAUCAACAACAAAUGUAUCCCCAAACUCAGUCUCAUGUGUCUAACGUUGGACAGUAUCCUUACCAGGGAGGAAGAGGAGGAAGAGGACGUGGCUUGCAUGAGUAA